AUGGUGGUGGGUGCUGCGUCUUCUUGUUACGCAUCUCCCUUUUGCACCUUCUUCGUCGCUGCUUGCAUGUCCUCCGUCUCUCACGGCGGCGGUGGGCGGAGUCGUCGAAGGAGACAGCUCGGCGGCCAAUGCUCGGGUGUUUCUGGAUCCGGUAGCAUUCAGGCUCUCGUGUCUUCUUGUCUGGAGUUUAAGCCUUGCAAUCACUACAACAACAACGAUAAAGGCAAUGCCUUUUCUUCCAAUUCUGUCUCUCUGAAUCGUAAACAGAGGAGACUGAAUCAAGCAACUAGUUCUUCCGGUGGAGCCAUGGCUGUUGCAAUGGAUAUGGAAAAGGAAGCCACAGGUAACAAGAAGCUUCCUACAGAGCAGCGCCGGGUUGUGGUGACAGGAAUGGGAGUUGAAACAUCAUUAGGUCAUGACCCAAAUACCUUUUAUGAGAAUUUGCUACAAGGCAACAGUGGUAUUAGCCAGAUUGAGAAUUUUGAUUGUUCUGAGUUUCCCACGAGAAUUGCGGGAGAGAUCAAAUCCUUCUCUACUGAAGGAUGGGUUGCUCCAAAGCUUUCUAAAAGGAUGGACAAGUUCAUGCUCUAUCUUCUCACAGCUGGUAAGAAAGCUUUGGCUGAUGGUGGUGUAACUGAUGAAGUAAUGGCUGAGUUUGACAAAGCCAAAUGUGGUGUUUUGAUUGGCUCUGCAAUGGGUGGCAUGAAGGUCUUUAACGAUGCUAUUGAAGCGCUGAAGAUCUCUUACAAGAAGAUGAAUCCUUUCUGUGUACCUUUCGCAACAACAAACAUGGGUUCUGCUAUGCUUGCUAUGGAUCUGGGAUGGAUGGGGCCAAACUAUUCUAUUUCAACUGCUUGUGCAACAAGCAACUUCUGCAUUCUGAAUUCAGCAAACCACAUUAUUAGAGGAGAAGCUGAUGUAAUGCUCUGUGGUGGCUCAGAUGCAGUUAUUAUUCCAAUAGGUUUGGGAGGUUUUGUUGCAUGCCGGGCUCUUUCACAAAGGAAUAAUGAUCCCACAAAAGCUUCACGUCCUUGGGAUAGCAAUCGAGAUGGUUUCGUGAUGGGAGAGGGAGCUGGAGUUCUGCUUCUGGAAGAACUUGAGCAUGCUAAGAAAAGAGGAGCAACUAUCUACGCAGAGUUCCUUGGUGGCAGUUUCACAUGUGAUGCCUACCACAUGACCGAGCCUCGCCCUGAUGGGGCUGGUGUCAUACUCUGUAUCGAGAGAGCAUUAGCUGACGCUGGGAUUUCCAAGGAACAGAUCAACUACAUAAAUGCACAUGCAACCUCAACCCCAGCUGGAGACCUAAAGGAGUACCAAGCUCUUGCUCACUGUUUUGGCCAAAAUCCUGAGCUAAAAGUAAAUUCCACAAAAUCUAUGAUCGGACACUUGCUAGGAGCUGCUGGGGCCGUAGAAGCUGUUGCAACCGUGCAGGCAAUAAGAACAGGAUGGGUUCAUCCAAACAUCAACCUCGAGAAUCCAGACAAUGGAGUGGAUACAAGUUUGCUGGUGGGUCCUAAGAAGGAGAGGCUAAACAUUAAAGCAGCCCUGUCAAAUUCAUUUGGGUUUGGUGGCCAUAACUCCAGCAUCAUUUUUGUUCCUUACAAGUGAAGGCUAUAGUCGGUUUCUUGUACUCCAGACCUGGGUUGUAUAACUUGCUGUUAAGUGUUUCACAAGAACUCCCCAUGUUAUGUUGUGGUGGGAAUCAUCAACACCCAGUUUUUUUUAAACUACCAAGAGCUAUAGCUAAGUUUCUUAGGAUCAAGAUCUGAUGUUGCCAGAGAACUUGGAUAGGAGCAAACGUAGCAGACUUUGGAUUUGCCAUUGAAAAUCUGUUUCUUGUGAUAUGUUUUUAAUAUGUUUCAGACUCAAAUUCUUAAAACGAAUUUAAAACUCUCACGUGUUGUCCUAAUCAACUACAUGCAUGGUGUGAUUAGCCAUAUAUCUUUAGUUUAUGUCGUAGAUUCAAGAGUUUUAUGCAAUUUAUGUCAUUGCAUCAUCAUAGAUCGUGUAUAGUAUUAUUC